AUGAGCGACGAUGAAGGCUCCGGCGCGGUCGAAUACGUGCUUUCGCCCGACGACUGGCCGCGCUCGCUUGAGCAUCUGACGCACGCUUUGCUGUCGUCCAGCACGGCGUCGCGCGUGCAUUUUCUGCGGCACGAUCUGCUUCCACUGGCGCAACAGGCCGAUCUAUCGCUCUCUCAAACUUUGGAUCUGUUCAAAGCCCUCACACUCACCUACCCGCGCUACGCCGACUCCGCCUCGCGCACGGCCGUAGAAGACGUCGGCACGGCGCUCGUAAAGCGCGACGCGGCACGCGGGGACAGGCUGGGUAUAGCCGAGCAGAUCGCGGGCUGGGUGGGCAACGAGGCGAAGAGAGUCGCGGGCAAGCCGGGCGGACAUGCGAGCGCGAGUGUGCUCGUGCUGGAGAGCUGGGCCGCGGGGCUGUAUACGGUUGUGGUGCAUGCUGACGGGGGGUGGAGUCAUACGGCUGCGACGCUGUUGGGUGCGCUUGCGGUGCUGCUUGAUGCGGUGCUUGGGCCGGGGGCGAAGAGUCGGGGUGCGGUGAGGAAGGCGGCGGAGGCUAGGGCUAGGAGGGCACUGCGAUCUGCACCCGCACAGCUAGACGACGCCCUCUCCGCCCUGCUCACAUCCGCAAAAGGCUCACUCGGCCUCUCCGCUCUACCCUUACUCUGCAUCGCAAUCGAGAACCGGACCGACCUCCCGGUAGAAAAGAAGAGCGCGUUGCUUGGGAUAUACACCACGAGUGUCCUCGGCGCGCGCACACCCGUGCCGGCGCAUAUACUCGACGCGCUGAGGGCGUUCGUCGGCACGCUUGGGCCGGAGGAUCUGGAGAGUGUGUUGGGCGCUGCGGAUAAGAGUUUGCUGAGGAGUCCUGAGGUCGCUUUGGACGUACUCGCGUCUUUCAUCCCAGCAUACAACCAUCCCCUCCCAAGCCCAGCAUUCGCCCGCCUCCUCACGCCCACGCUCGCAUCAACAAAAUCCGCAAACGCCACAGUUCGCACGGCCGCCACGCGUCUCUUCUCCGUCCUCGUCUCCCCACCAUCACCCUCCCCUUCCUCUACCUCUGUCUCCGACGAUGCUCAACCAAAGGUUGCCGACGCCGACCGCGCAAAGGCCGCAACCGACCUCCUCGCGUUACUGGGAGCCAAAGCCGGCCCAGAUAAACCGACACUCUACGCCAUGCUCAGCGCCCUCACACCCUCGCCCACUCUAAGUCCCGCCAUAACUUCCACGGGCAUAUCCAUCCUCUCCAAAGACCCCUCCGACGCCCUCGCGCGCGGUCUCGCGCCCCACCUCGCAUUCAUGCUCUCUUCCGAGAAUGCAGACUUGAAGGACAGCGCGAAAGUGAUCGAGAAGGAAGUGGGCAGCACCAAGCCCGCAUCCCGCCGCGCGUUCGCGGUGCUCGUCGCCAGUGCGUUCUGGACGCUCCAUACGCCCUCUACACCGCCCGCGCAGGCGCUGGCAAAGGCCGUCUUACCGGCGCUCGAGAACGUGCUGAAGACCGCAGUCGCGGCGAAACCGUCUUCUGCGACCGACGCGAGCGGGCAGCUCGAGCCGCUCCUCGCAGCCGCUACGCUUCUCGGCCCUUUAUCCCGCUCCGAGUCUACGGCCGACGCUGUGGCCAAGAAUGCCGUGCUAUCGGCUUUGGGAGGUGUAGGAGGAAAGCCGAGCUGGCUCCUCGCGGAGAAAUCCAUCGCGCGCACGGUGCUGGCGGGCGGGGACGACGCGCUGUGGCUCGUGCGCGCGCUCGAGGGCGCGGGCGUGCGGCUGCACGCCGAGCUGGACGCGAGCGAGGCGCUGAGAAGGCAGAUUGGGAGCGCGCUGCUGAGUCUUGCUGUCGAUAGUCGGGAGCCGGGGUUGAGGAAGGAGGCGCUGGGCGGGGUGGAGAGGUUGGUGCGCUUGUUCCCGGGGACGGUUGCUUCCGUCGUACACGACGCGCUCGUCUCAUACGCCACACGCCCCGCUUCUUCGCCAUCGAAGAAGAGCGUGGCGGCUGAGGACGAGGGGAAAGAUAAAGACAAGACGCCACCCUAUGCGCGGUUAGUGUUAUUCUUGUCGACCGUCUCGUCCAUCCGCGACGUAGUCCCCGACUCCGAACGCGAAAGCCUCCUCGUCCCGUUCGUAGUGAUCGCGCACCACCCCUCCAUCGCGGGCCCCUCGCGGCAAGGAUGGAUAGACCUGUGCGUCCGCGCGCGCGUCGAUCCGGCCAAAGUCGUGCGACAACAUCUGGACGCGCUUUUUGCGGAGGUUGACAGGGCGUUCGAGGAGGGGAGCGAGGGGAUGGAAGGGGCGGGGCUGAGGGCGCAGAGCGUGUUGGCGUUUGUUGAGGGAAAAGUCGUGCUGGGGAAGAUCAGGGAGAGAGUCGGGAAGGCGCUCGACGAGGGCGGCGCGAGCGUUAGAGCUCUGAGCGCGGACGAGAUGGGGAUGUGGGCUACACCCGACGGCGAGACGUUCAUCGACGUCCUCGCGGCUAAAAAGCCCGCCGCCGUGGCCACGAGCAAGGGCAAAGGCGCGGAGCUGGACAAGUGGGACGCGGAGGUGCGGAAGAGUCUGGCGAGUAAGAAGGCCGGGACGGGCAAGGCGCUGUCGAAAGCGGACCAGGCGGCUGUGGAUGGGCAGCUCAAGAAAGAGACAGCCAUCCGCGCACGCAUCAACGCGCUCGCGCACAGACUGCUCGUAUCCCUCCGCACCAUCCUCGAGCUCGUGAAUGCCAAAAUUGACGGCUUACAAUCGCACGCGCCGGCGUUCGCCGCGCUCAUUCUGACCGGCGGCGCGUAUCUCGCGCUCGGCACAGUCUGCGCCCCGCGCCUCGGCCCGUUCGCGCGUUUUGCGGGCUUGGCGGCGCUGAGGACGCAAGGGGCAGCUGUGCCCGAAGAGUUGGCAGCUGAGCCGCUUGGGGCGCUGGUGACGCGGGUGUUGUAUAGGUUGCGCGCGACGGCUGAGCAGGCGCCUUUGGACGCGGCCGCGUUCGGCUACGUCUGGCCUUUACUGGGCGAGGUGAUGCUGAGAGGUGGUGUGGGCGUUCAAGAGGGUGAUGGGGGUGGUGAGAGCGGGGAGGAGGGCAGUCCGUUCGAGCAGGUUGCGCUUGCGCUUGAUGUGGUCAAGUUCAACGUGGGCGAAUUCGGAGACGCGGCGUUCCCACGCGUUCAGAUCAUCACCGCCGUUUUACACGCUAUGCGCACCCAGCUCCGCCUCGCGAAAGACGCCUCGUCAUCCCUGGUCGCUCUAGGCGAAACCAUCGCCUCAUCCCCCGCCCCCACCCGCUCAGAAGCCGAUGCACUCUUGCAAGGCACACUGGUACAAGAAGCCCACGCCCGUACGGCAUGCCUGCAAGCCCUCGCCCCGCUCGACCUAACAGAGCGCGAAUGGGCCCCGGCGCUCCUCAUCGCCUGCUCGGACGAAGACGACAACAACGCCCGGUUGGCGCGCGGGAUAUGGGACGAUAACGGGCUGGACGUCCCAGCGGAUUACGCACCCUUACUCCUGUCAUUCCUCGAGCACGACGUCAGCUACGUCCGGACAGGCGCCGCACAGGCUCUAGCGGAGGCCGUCGAGCACUGGCCCGCGAGCGUCAGCGAUACGGUCGGAAGGAUCAAGAGUAUGUACGUCGAGCGGGCGCAGGUUAUCAAGCCCGAGUUCGACCAGUACGGGAUGCUCGUCGAGGGCUCGCUCGAGCGUGCCGAUCCGUGGGCUGCGCGCGCGGCGCUGGCCGGCGCUCUGGUUGCGCUCGCGCCAUUACUUGCGGAGGGAGACGUGGUGCCGCUGUUCCAGUUCCUCAUCGACGAGCCGGCCGCGCUCGGCGAUCGACACGCGGAUGUGAGGAGGGGGAUGCUCGAAGCGGGUACGGCGGCCGUCGACGUGCACGGGUCGAAGCAUCUGCCCGAGCUGAUUGGCAUGUUCGAGGGCCAUCUGGCGCGGAGCCAUCCGGCGAGCGAGAGCGCGGAUUAUGUGCAGGAGGCCGUUGUUGUGCUUGUGGGGAGGGUGGCUCGGCAUCUGGAGGAGGGCGAUCAAAGGCUGCCGAGUAUUGUUGCGCGGCUGGUGGACGCGCUUAAGACGCCCAGCGAGCAGGUGCAGGUGGCCGUCGGCGAUUGCUUGGCUCCUCUCGUGCGCACCACACGCAACGACGCGCCGAAACUCGUCCAACAGCUCCUCGACGAACUCUUCAACGCGCCGAAAUACGCCGCGCGGAGAGGCGCGGCGUACGGGCUGGCGGGCGUGCUCAAGGGCGUGGGAAUCGCUGGCAUGAAAGAGUUUCAUGUUCUCGAGAAGCUGAAGGAGGCGAGCGAGGAUAAGAAGCGGUACGAGCCGCGGCAGGGGGCGAUGUUCGCGCUCGAGACGAUCUGUACGACGCUGGGGCGCGUGGCGGAGCCGCAUGCGAUCAAUGCGUUGCCGUUGUUGUUGUCGGCUUUCGGCGAUGGUGUGCCGGAUGUGCGUGAGGCGGCGCAGGACGCGGCGAGGGCGCUUAUGAGGAAUAUGUCUGGCUACGGCGUCAAGCUCGUCUUACCGGACCUCUUGGCGGGACUGGACGAGAAACAGUGGCGGACGAAGAAGGGCAGUAUCGAGUUGCUCGGUAUGAUGGCCUACUGUGCCCCCCGACAGCUCAGCCAGAGCCUGCCCGUCAUCAUCCCGCGCCUCACCGGCGUCCUCACCGACAGCCACGCGCAAGUCCGCCAGGCGGCCAACAGGAGCCUGAAGCAGUUCGGCGAGGUCAUCGCGAACCCGGAGAUCCAGACGCUCGUGCCGACGUUCCUCAAGGCGAUGGUGGACCCGGGCAAGACGCCCAACGCGCUCACCGCGCUGCUCAAGACGAGCUUCGUGCACUAUAUCGACCACUCGUCGCUCGCGCUCGUCAUCCCGAUUCUGGAGCGGGGGCUGAAGGAGCGCGGCGCGGACACGAAGCGCAAGGCGGCGCAGAUCGUGGGCAAUCUGGCGAGCUUGACGGACGCGAAGGAUUUCGUGCCGUAUUUGAACGGCUUGAUGCCGAUGGUGCACGCCGUGCUCGUCGACCCCGUACCCGAAGCGCGCGCGACGGCGGCCAAGACGCUCGGCACGCUCGUCGAGCGCCUGGGAGAGGCCGCCUUCCCUGAUCUCGUGCCUGGGCUGCUUCGCACGCUCAAGACGGACACGAGCGGCGUGGACCGGCAAGGCGCCGCUCAAGGUCUCUCCGAAGUUCUCGCGGGUCUCGGUAUGGAGCGGCUCGAGGGUCUGCUGCCGGACGUCAUCGCCAGCGCCCAAGCGCCCCGCGCGAGCGUGCGCGAGGGGUUCAUGUCGCUGCUCGUCUUCCUCCCCGCGACGUUCGGCGCGCGUUUCACGCCGCAUUUGCCGAAGAUCAUCGUGCCGAUCUUGAAGGGUCUCGCCGAUACGGAGGAGUACGUGCGUGAGGCGGCUAUGAAGGCGGGCAGGAUGGUUAUUGCGAAUUACGCGACGAGGGCUAUCGAUUUGCUGUUGCCGGAGCUGGAGAGGGGGAUGUUCGAUCCUGGAUGGCGUAUUCGUCAAUCGUCCAUCACGCUCGUCGGCGAGCUGCUGUUCAAGGUUUCCGGUAUCAGCGGCAAGAACGAGGUCGACGAGGACGAAGAAGGCGCAGGCGCGGAUGCCGUCGUCGCAGAGAGCUCGCGCCGCGCGCUUACAGAAGUCCUCGGCGAAGCGCGCCGCGACCGGAUUCUCUCCGCGCUCUACCUCGCGCGCCAGGACUCGGUGCACGCCGUCCGCACAUCGUCGAUCCACAUCUGGAAAGCGCUCGUGUCGAAUACGCCGCGCACGGUGCGCGAGAUCUUGCCGACGCUCUCGGAGCACAUUAUGGCGCUGUUGUGCAGCUUCGACGAGGAGCAGGAGGACACGGCCGCGCGGACUACGACCGAGCUGUGCCGCAAGUUCGGCGAACGCAUCGUCGGCGAGGUCGUCGCUAUCAUGCGUGCCAAGUCUUCUUCACCAGAUGCACGCACGCGCGAGGGUGUGGCGCGGAUGCUGUGCGAGGUUAUGGCUGCUGCUACAGACACGCAAUGGGAGGGCGCCGAAGACGAGAUCAUCGCUAUGGUUCGAACCGCGCUCGUGGACGAUGAGGCGCGCGUACGGGCCGCCGCUGCUCGUGCAUUCGAUAUCUUGCAAGACAAGCUCGGCGCUAAGGCCAUCGAUGCGACGAUCCCGACCUUGCUCGAAGCGCUGCGCCAGCCCGGCGCUGGGUCUGGCACUGCACUGCAGGCGCUCAAAGAAGUCAUGGGCGUGCGCGCGAACACCGUGUUCCCCGUGCUCAUACCCACGCUUACUGCACUGCCCAUGAGCGCUUUCAACGCCAAUGCGCUCGCUACGCUCGUCGCUGUCGCCGGGUCUGCGCUCAGCAAGCGGCUCAACGUUAUAUUGGGAGCUUUGGCGAAGAUGACGGAGCAGUUGCGGAAGGAGCCGGAUGAGGAGCUUCAGGAGGCGAUUGAUGAGGCUGUUAGGGCGUUGUUGGAGAGUGUUGAUGAUGCGGAGGGGUUGAAUACGCUUAUGCUGCUUUUGCUCGGUUGGAUCAAGCACGAAGACCCCGAACGCCGCGUCACCGCCGCAGACUACUUUGCUUUGUUCUGCGAAGUGUCAGAGCUCGAUACAUCGCUGUACCGCGUUGACUGGAUCCGCGUGCUCAUCCCGGCCAUGGACGACUCUAUCGUGGCAGUUCACACCGGUGUGUGGAAGGCGUUCGACGCGUUCGUCAAGUCUGUGCCGAAAGACGAGCUCGAGCCGCUCGUGGUGCCACUCCGUCGCUCGAUCGAGAGUACGGGUUCGCCACAUGCGCCGGUGCCAGGCUUCAGCCUGCCAAAGGGCGUUGCACCUUUCGUGCCCAUCAUCAUUGCCGGCCUCACUACGGGCAGCAACGACCAGCGCGAACAGGCAGCAUACGCUAUCGGCGACCUCGUCGAGCGCACGGAAGAGUCGGCCAUCAAGCCGUUCGUUGUUCCGUUCACCGGCCCGCUCAUCCGUGUGGCAACUCAAGCGACCACGUACCCUCCCGCGGUCAAGACCGGUAUUCUCAGCGCGCUCACGACGAUGCUGGAGCGCAUCCCGGCAUUCGUCAAGCCUUUCUACCCGCAGCUCCAGCGCACGUUCAUCAAGAGCGCCAGCGAUCCUGCCAGUGUGGUUGUACGGACCAAGGCUGCCACGGCGCUCGGUGUACUCAUGCGUAGCCAACCGCGUGUGGACCCCGUCGUCACCGAGCUCGCUACCGGUGCACGCCAGAAUGACGACAGCAUUGGCUCGAGUCUGGUUCAGGCUCUUGCGUAUGUUGUACGUAGUGCUGGGAACAAUGUUGGGCCGGCGGCGCGUGAGACGGCGAUUGAGCUUGUGGCGGAGGCGUUUAGGACGGAGAACGAUGAGACAUACUCGAAGUCAAUUGGAAUGUUGUUCGCGGCCUUGACGACCUAUGGCGAGCUUGUACAGCCUAUCAUCGAUGCACACCUCGUACCUGGCACCGACGUUAACACGCUCUCGACUCACUGCAUCCUCUCCGUGUUGACAGCUUAUGAGGAGGACGAUGCUGAAAACAAGGAACUGCCACCCGUGUUCGCCGCAUCGCUACCUGCCCUCGCGAAAAAGAUCAACGAGAACCUCGGGAGCGACCGUGUCAACAUCACACGGCCAUCUCGCGAGGCGAAGGAGAUCCUCCGGCGCAUCGACGCGUCGCUCAUCUAA